ACCCAACGUUCGCCAGUUUCUAAAGUUGCCAAUGUAUCCAAGCAACCCCGCCCCCUGGCGACUAAAUGGAAUUUUGGGCAAUACUACAAACGGCACGAGUGGAGCCAACCUCGUUUGUGUCGGACGUUUUGCGUCCACAAGUACGCGGGGAGGCCUGACGCCCGGCUUGAGUAGCCUGACGGUUUCACGCGGCGAGGCACCCUUUUCACACCACUUACGCCGUAUUUAGCUCGUCAGUUCCUGCCUUGCUCUCCCGCAGAAGCUCCUCUUUUGAAAUUCGUAUCUCUUCGCCCAGCUAACUGUCAAUUCGGCAACUGACUGCCCAGCCAUGGAACCCCCCACAGAGCGCUCCCAUUCUAUACCCGGCGCUGCAGCACAAGUGGCAGCUCACUGUGACCUACAAUCCAUCAUUGUCCGCCGAUUCGACAAACUUGCGAUCCAAAACAUCCUGGAGCUUCAUGCUGAACUGGCCGAGAUCGACAAAGGACAUUCCGACGUGCAGAGAGCAGCCGACGAGACGCUGCGGACCGACGAGACGCUGCGGAGUCACCAUGCACGUCAUCACGCCUCGAAGAAUCGCGCCUCGGAGAAUUAUCAUAGUGCAAUCACAGCCUAUCAUGAGGCAAUCGUGCGCUACAGCGACGUUGUGAAUCUCAGCAGGCCUCCAGCCGUUUACGUGCGUGAUCUGGUCGAGAUGCUCAAGAAGGAGGGCAACGAUGGCGCAUGGGCGAUAUGGGACGGGAAUUCGCCGAUGGGAGGACGCCCUUUCUCGGACCUAGUCGCUAUUUCGACAUUCUCCGACCCCCUAACUCGCUUCAUAUCGAGCACUUGGCUCAUGUUCCUUUUUGUUGAUAUCAUCGGGUCCAUUAAACAAGGCAAGGCACUGAUCGAUCUUACAAGCAUCCGGCGCUUCGUAGCGAUUCUGCAAGCCUUGAUCUCCAUCGGCUUUCUCGUGGGUGCUAUGUGGGCACUCUACAAGCUGACGGACAUGGUCACGAGGCUUGCGCUGGUCACCGGGUUCGUGGCAGCAUUCUGUGGCUGGUUUGCGACAACCACUGGCAUUCAGAGGAGAGACAUCUUCGCGGCCACGGCCGCUUACGCCGCUGUACUGGUCGUAUAUGUCGGAAGCCAGGCAGAUCAAAGCGGGACCUGUACCUGCGCGACGGGAGUAUGAGUUCAAAUUCAGUGACACUCACUCCAACGAAGACAUAGGGAGAUAUUUGACUUUUGUGUCUGUGUCAUGGCGCGUGCCGGACGCCAAAUAGGGAUAGUUUCAAGGAUGUUUCAAGGCCAAAUCUGUACGCGUGCACUUCAAAAAGCUCGCGCUCCCUCAUAAGACACCAGAGAACGUUCUUCUCUUUAGCUUAGGAU